UAUUUGUCCAAUAAUUGUGGAUUUUUUUUUACGGCACCCUACUUCCAUCUUCGUUUCUCUGAGUGACGGCGAUGACGACUAUCGAUCUUCUUCGUUUCUCCUGUAACGGAUCAAUUUAUGAUCUCUACUGAUGGCUCUUCAAUUCUUCGGAGCAUCGGAAGAAGAAGAAAUCUCACUAGAUGAGAAUCUUCCCUUUUUUGUGUUUCCAGGGUUCAAGAGAUUCGUGUAUUGAGUGAAAAAAACAAAGACAAGUUUUGUGCUCUGUAUUUUUGGAAAUUUAGUUGAUAACCUCAUCGCUAUCAAUGGAGAGGGAGGAUCCACCUCCUCCUCCUCUGGAUCAUCAUCAUCAUCCCUUCAAGCCUCUAUGCAAGAAUUUAAACUCUUUGAAACUCAAUCGAAUUUCUAUAUGAUUGGUUGGAGUGGUAAUAGAGUGUAUAGAGUACUAAAGAUAGACCGUUUUGAUGCAUCUGAGAUUACUCUGAAGAUUCCACUGCCUAUACCAAAAAAGAAUGCUACGAGUUGCUUAAACGGAUACACGAAGACAACAAGGCCACAGGCAGCCUCAAACUGGUCAGUCUCUGUUAUGGCAUCACUGGGUUCAUUAAGUUUUGGGGACCAUACUACAUGUGGUCACAGGGUCUAUGAAGUGUCGAAGAGUGAGAUAAUUUCUUUGCGUAAUUCUUGCGUGCUUUCCAACAUUGCAAAUUCAAGAGACGAGAACAGGUACAAGAAGCUCCUGUGUAUGGUGGACCUUACAAAGAACUUCUUUUUCAGCUAUUAUUUCAGUAUAAUGCGUAGUUCCAUGAGAAUAUAUGUGACCAUGAGAGUGGUGAUAUUCUCUAUAAGAAAAUGUUUGUGUGGUACGUGUUCUUGACUCGGGGAAUUCAACAUCAUCUUUAGAAUACCGUCUGGACUGUAGCAUUUGUGUAUGGUUUCUCUAAGCAUGUAUGAAUCGGAUAUAUAUUUUCUGCUCCUCACUGCCAAAGAGAAGAAAGUUUUCCCGAA